UCCUCCCUGCCCAGAGGAGCUCAGUUGGGCAGGGAGCCGGGUGACUUCAGAGGCGCCCGCCUGUCCCCCGCCACACCUGAGCCACCGCGAUGCUGUAGGACCGCCGCCUGGACCGUUAUCCGCCCGCGCCGGCCCGCCGCCACCAUGCCACGCUCCUUCCUGGUCAAGAAACAUUUCAACGCCUCCAAGAAGCCGAACUACAGCGAACUGGACACACACACAGUGAUCAUUUCUCCAUAUCUCUAUGAGAGCUACCCUAUGCCUGUCAUACCAAAACCAGAGAUCCUCAGCUCAGGAGCAUACAGCCCUAUUACUGUAUGGACAUCGGCAGCUCCAUUCCACUCCCCUCUGCCCAGUGGCCUUUCUCUUGCUGGAUACUCCUCAUCCUUGGGGCGAGUAAGCCCACCACCUCCAUCUGACACUUCAUCCAAGGACCACAGUGGUUCAGAAAGUCCUAUUAGUGAUGAAGAGGAAAGACUGCAGUCUAAGCUUUCAGACCCCCAUGCUAUUGAAGCUGAGAAGUUUCAGUGCAAUUUAUGUAAUAAGACUUAUUCUACUUUCUCUGGGCUGGCCAAACAUAAGCAGCUGCAUUGUGAUGCCCAGUCUAGGAAAUCAUUCAGCUGCAAAUACUGUGACAAGGAAUAUGUGAGCCUGGGUGCUCUGAAGAUGCACAUUCGGACCCACACAUUGCCUUGUGUCUGCAAGAUCUGUGGCAAGGCUUUCUCCAGACCCUGGCUGCUUCAAGGACACAUCAGAACACACACUGGGGAAAAGCCUUUCUCUUGCCCUCACUGCAACAGAGCUUUUGCAGACAGGUCAAACCUGAGGGCCCAUCUGCAGACCCACUCUGAUGUAAAGAAAUACCAGUGCAAAAACUGCUCCAAAACGUUCUCCAGAAUGUCGCUUCUACACAAACAUGAGGAGGCUGGCUGCUGUGUGGCGCACUGAGUGGCGUAACCAAUGUUUACUCAAACAGAAUGCAUGUCUUCACUCCAACGCCAAAUGCCAAAUGAAAGUCCAAAGCCAUUUUCUCUUGUGCUUACCAACUAAAUAGUAUGUAUAGAAACGCACAAGGGUCUCUCUCUCCCUCCCUCCCUCCCUC